ACUUACUGCACCCGUCCAUCUCCAGCUCUGGAGAAAAGUUUCCAUAUUCCCUGAAUCACUGGACAGUGAGUGACGCACUAUAUUCCUUGUGCUUCAUCCCCUCCCUCUUCCUCCUGUCUUGCAGCAGAGGCCCUUGAGCCUUUGCGUCCAUCUCCCCCAACUUCAUUCUCUAUCUUGCUCACUCGGUCCGACCUUGCCUUGCCUGCCCUGUAAGGGAGAGUUCCCUGUUCUCCAAUUGGCGCGUUUAAAGCUCUGAGCACUCGUUUCUGAGAGCCCCUCUCUCUCUUUUUCCCUCUCCCUCUCUUCCCCUCCUCCUCUUCCGUCUGUGCUCGCCUGCGUGCUUCCCUCUCGCCUUCUCUUCUGAGACACACUUCAGAUCCUCGCAGUCUGAAGUUCGUGGGCUCGAGAGAGUGAGAGAGAUAGAGAGAGAAGACUGAUCGAUCUGCUUUCGAUCAGAAGGGGACAUUCACAUUUCCACAACUUAGAAUGAGAGAGAUUAUCAGCAUUCACAUCGGGCAGGCAGGAAUCCAGCUUGGGAACGCGUGUUGGGAGCUCUUCUGCCUCGAGCAUGGCAUUCAACCCGAUGGGCGCAUCUCGUCUGGUGACAAGGCGACACCUCGAUCCAGCAGUUCAGGAGACCAGGAGGCAUUCAGCACUUUCUUCAGCGAGACUGGGGCAGGCAAGCAUGUGCCUCGAGCCGUGCUCGUGGAUCUGGAACCGACGGUGAUCGACGAAGUGAGAACUGGCGCCUACUGUCAGCUCUUUCACCCCGAGCAGCUCAUCUCUGGUAAAGAGGAUGCCGCUAACAAUUUUGCUCGAGGACAUUACACAGUUGGCAAGGAGAUUGUCGAUCUGUGUCUGGAUCGUGUGAGGAAGCUGGCCGACAACUGCACGGGCCUGCAAGGCUUCCUGGUGUUCAAUGCCGUCGGGGGAGGCACCGGGUCCGGUCUCGGAUCCCUUCUCCUCGAGCGACUCUCGGUGGACUACGGCAAGAAAUCCAAGCUCGGGUUCACCAUCUACCCUUCCCCGCAGGUGUCGACGGCGGUGGUGGAGCCAUACAACAGCGUGCUGUCGACGCACUCGCUGAUCGAGCACACGGACGUGGCGGUGCUGCUGGACAACGAGGCGAUCUACGACAUCUGCAGGAGGUCGCUGGACAUCGAGAGGCCGACGUACACGAAUCUGAACCGGCUGGUGUCGCAGGUCAUCUCGUCGCUCACCGCGUCGCUGCGCUUCGACGGCGCGCUGAACGUGGACAUCACCGAGUUCCAGACGAAUCUGGUGCCGUACCCGAGAAUACACUUCAUGCUCUCGUCGUACGCGCCCGUCAUCUCGGCCGAGAAGGCGUACCACGAGCAGCUGUCGGUGGCCGAGAUCACCAGCACCGUCUUCGAGCCCGCCUCCAUGAUGGCCAAAUGCGAUCCCCGCCACGGCAAGUACAUGGCCUGCUGUAUGAUGUACCGCGGCGACCUCACUCCCAAAGAUGUCCAGUCCGCCGUCGCCACCAUUAAAAACAAACGCACUGUCCAAUUCGUUGACUGGUGCCCAACGGGAUUCAAGUGCGGGAUUAAUUACCAGGCACCCACAGUGAUUCCUGGAGCCGACCUGGCAAAGGUCCAGAGAGCUGUGUGUAUGAUUAGUAACAACACGGCCGUCGCAGAGGUGUUCUCGCAGAUCAACCACAAGUUCGAUCUCAUGUACGCGAAGCGAGCGUUCGUGCACUGGUUCGUGGGCGAGGGAAUGGAGGAGGGGGAGUUUUCCGAAGCUCGAGAGGACCUGGCCUCGUUGGAAAAGGAUUACGAGGAGGUCGGCGCCGAUACGACCGACGCUCAGGACGACCAAGACGAAUACUGACAGAGACAGAGAGCUCCCGACGGCUGAAUCCGUGCAAUUCUACUACACCGCCGAUCAGUUCCACACAUGGCGAGAGGAUGAAAGUAUUGGAGAGUAGUAGGGUGUGAUACAUAUGAUGAUCUGCCUGACUGCUUCUGCAUGCCAGAAAUUCUGUGUAACAAGUAAACAACCUAUUUUUUGAAAGUACUUCUGUAGGAAUCGGCGAGUGUGAAUUUCCGACCUCCUCGGUGAAGAAUCAUGUAGACGCUCGUGUAAGUGUAAAUGUUUGGGAUAGAUCUAUUGCAAUGGUCGCUUUGAUGAUGAGAUGAUGAUCACCACACGAAAGGAGGAGUACUUCGAUGCAUCUGAUCACCGGGAAUCUCAUGGAAGUCCCAGUACUGUACCGGAAAAAGCUUUAUUCAUCCAAUUGAUUGACGCUCUAAGCCGUUCGUGUAUUGCCAGCACGCAAGCCCCUGGCACCAUACAACAACAACAACCAAAAUACAUUACUGAAUUUGGAUUCUUAAAUAAAGCUCUUCUAUGU